AAUAAGUGUGUUAAGAUUUCAACUUUGAACUCACAAGAUUUUUGAAGAUUUUAAGGGGAUUCCAGCUAGAUCAAAGUAAAGCUCAAAAAGGUAACAAAUCUAAAAGAAAGAAAGUAGAAAUGUGAGGAGAACGAUGAUGAAAACAAGCAACUUACCUUUGCCUCCUCCUCCCCCUCCUCCUCCUCCUAAAUUUGCACACAAAAAACCUAGUAGCUAGUGUCCUAGCCCUGGUGUCAUCAUGUUUAUAAACACCACUCAUCAAUAUUUCACUAGACCAAAUUAUGUUCCUUACCUGAAGUACUACUAGUAAAUUUAGUGAUAUAUAUUUGACUCACCCACAAAAAAAAAAAAUUUUAAAAAAAAAAAAAAUUAAGGUGAGAGAGAGAUAAAGACACUUUGAGCCAAUUUUCUAUACCCUUCUCCUCUCCUCUUCUUUCUCUCUCUUUCUCUUUCUCUUUCUCUCUCUCUCUCUCUCUCUCUCUCUAUAUUGUUAUGCUAUUGCAUGCACUUGGUGAUGGCUAAUCAAGGUGGUAGUAGUAGUGUGUUGAGGGACUACAGGAAAGGGAACUGGACAUUACAGGAGACAAUGGUUCUGAUAGAGGCAAAGAAGAUGGAUGAUGAAAGAAGAAUGAAGAGAGUUGGGGAGAGUGAAGGGAGGGGGAAGCCAACAGAGCUAAGAUGGAAAUGGGUGGAAGAUUAUUGUUGGAGGAAUGGGUGUUUGAGAAGCCAAAACCAGUGCAAUGACAAGUGGGACAAUCUGAUGAGAGAUUUCAAGAAAGUGAGAGAUUUUGAGAGGAGGUUAGGUGAGAAAGGAGGAGAGGGAGGAUCAUCAGAUCAUGAGAAAGGAGGGGGGUCUUAUUGGAAUAUGGAAAAGAAUGAGAGGAAAGAGAGGAACUUGCCUUCCAAUAUGUUGCCUCAGAUUUAUGAGUCUUUGGUAGGAGUGGUGGAGAGGAAAGGAGGUGGUGGUCAGAGGGUGGUGGGUGGUGGUGGUGGUGGUCCUGGUGGAUCUAGUACUGAUGGUCAGCCUUCAUUGCCUCCUUUAUUGCAGCCUCCAAUCUCAGCUCCAGUAGCAGUAUUACCUCCUCCUCCUCCUCCACCACCACCACCUCCUCCUGCACAACAACUCUCUCUCCCAUAUUCUCAGCCAUUCCCUUCAAUGUGUGAUAGCUCAGAUUCUGAUACAAGUGAGUAUUCAGACUCACCAGCAAAGAGAAGGAGAAGAGGAGGAGGAGGUGGUGGUGGAGGAGAGGGAACCAGUGGCACUGCAAGCGGCAGCACCUCAAAUGACUUGGGCACUGCCAUCUCCAAAAGUGCUUCCAUCAUUGCAGAAGCCAUUCAGGCAUGUGAGGAGAGAGAAGAAAGAAGGCACAGAGACCUAUUAACUCUGCAUGAGAGAAGACUACAGAUUGAGGAGUCUAAGACUGAGAUCAAUAGAGAAGGCAUUAAUGGCCUUGUCGAUGCCAUUAACAAGCUUGCCAAUUCAAUCUUUGCCUUGGCUGCACCAAAAAAUCAACCGACUGAUCCAAAGUCAUGAUCCCAUUUUAUUGAAAAUUAAUAAGUGUUCAUAUAGAAGAGAGAGAGCUUAGUGUCAUUUGCCUUGUACAUGAUCAAUUAAUGAUCCCACUUUUUUUUAAUUUAUUUUUUAUUCAUUUUUAUCAUAUAUUAAUCAAGACAGCAGUUUACUCUGUUUGUUGGGUUUGGGGAUACAUUUUUUGAUUGAUCAUGUCUUGUAGGAACUUGGGAACAAAAGGGGGUAAACAAUGGGUCUAUAU